AUGGACUCAUUGAUAUGUAGGAUUUGUCUGGAUAAGACCGGUACGAUAUCUAUAUUCGAUUGUGAAACCGAUAAUAUGCAGUACAGCAGUAAAAUAAUGCAAAUAGUCAAUAUCAUUAUAAACGAGGAUGAUGGCUUACCUAGUAUGAUAUGUGAGGGUUGUGCCGGGGACUUAUCCCUGUCCUAUCAAUUCGUGCAGAAAUGCCAAGCGUCGGACAAGGCACUGCGAUGUUUGAGCACACCAAUAGAACUAUACUCGGAUCUUCAAGUGGACAUCAUGAAUAUUAAAGAAGAGGAUAUCAAAAACGAAACAGAUGACGGCGACAACGAAUUUGAUGAAACAUUCCUGUUAGAAAAUUGUUCGAAACAAUAUUUCGAGAAGCGACGGUAUAAUAAUGCAGACGACGUAGACUUGAGAAAGGAUGAAGAUAAAAAUAAGAGUGAACCAAAAUAUAAUUCUGAUACAAAAGCAUUUUUUGGAAAUUGUCAAAAUGAUAAAAGUAUAAAAGACAAAAAUCGUAGAAAAAAAUUGGGUCGAGGGAAAAUGGGACCUAUACAGUGUGUUAUUUGUGGUCUGAUGGCGUCAAGUCCGUCAGCUAUGGAGAUACAUAUGAGGACCCAUACUGGAGAAAAACCAUUCAUGUGUAUAGCAUGUAAUACAAAAUUCCCUACUAAAGGAUCCUUGAAGAGACACAAUGAAACCUACCACUUAGCUAGAGAAAGAAAAUUUACCUGUGAGACAUGUGGCAGCAGCUUUUUUAGGAAAAAUGAUAUAAUAACACACAUGAGGGUUCACACAGACGAGAGGCCGUAUGUUUGUCAAUACUGUUCUAAGAGGUUCCGACAAGUCGCUUCUCGUAAUAGACAUCAGAUAGUACACACUGGAGAAAAACCAUAUGCAUGUCCCAUAUGUGAUAAGAAAUUUGCUCAUAAAAGCCUUGUAACAAAACACCAAAGUGUCCAUAGUGAUGAGAAAAAAUACACUUGCCACCUUUGUAGCAAGUCGAUGAAAUCCCGAACGGCUUUAAAUGUCCACAUAGGCUUACACACUAACGAGAAACAAAAUGUAUGUAGUUUCUGUGGAAUGGCAUUUGCCAUGAAGGGUAACCUGCAGACACAUAUCCGAAGAAUACAUUCAGAGAAAUCUGGACAAUGUUCCACUUGUUUGAAGACAUUUUCAGACUUAGAAGUGCAUAUGAGAAAGCAUACCGGAGAAAAACCAUACAUAUGUGGAACUUGCAAUGCCGCCUUCUCUGUUAAAAGGAGUUUAGCCCACCAUAUGAUGUUUAAGCAUGAAAACGCUGGCAAAUACAAAUGUUCUAUUGGCGACUGUUCAAAAACGUUCCCUACAGCGACGAUGCUCGAGUUCCACCUAAUGAAGCAGCAUACUAACCACACUCCGUAUACCUGCCAACAUUGCCCUCGAAGGUUCUUCAGAACCAGUGAUCUCUCCCGACAUCUCCGAGCAAGUCAUAUGGACAUACAAUUCAAGCCUCAGCUCAAAACUCUCCUACCUAAAACUAUCUCUUAUGCUUAA